UGUCGCGCACGCCCAUGCUGCAGCUGCGCAGCAUGAGCACGACGACGUGCCUGCCCGGCGGGCCCACGCGCCUCGCCGUGCGUGCCCAGCAGUGCCCCGUCAUGAGCGAGGCCAUCGCCGAGCACCCCGACCAGGCCGCCGCCGCCGCGCCCGCCAUGAGCAGCGCCGCCGGCAAGUUCCUCUUUGGCAGCGGCCCCGCCACCGUCGCCUCGGCGCACCUGGCGCUCGGCACGGCCGCCGCGCGCCGCCCGCAGGCGCCCGCCGGCGUGUGCCCCUUCGCCGCCGGCGCCACGCACAACCCGCACAUCGGCCAGCAGGCGCGCACGUACGUCAGCCGCACCGAGGCGCCCGCCGCCAGCGUCGUGGCCAACCCGGACCACCUGGACCGCAUUCACGCCAAGGAGGGCGUGCGCACCGGUGGCCACGGCGACCCGGAGAAGUGCCCGCACACCAAGGCGCUUGCCGCAGCUGCUGCCGCUGAGAAGGCUGCUGCCUUUGCUGCCGAGGGCCGCUCGACGUUCCGCGCCGACAGCAUGAAGAAGAAGCAGGUCCGCACGCCCGGCUCGGGCAUGGGCAUGCCGCCCACGCUCAAGCCCAAGGAGGGCCCUGGCUUCGACUACGAGGCCUUCUACCACCGCGACAUCAUGGCCAAGCACGCGGACAAGUCGUACCGCUACUUCAACAACAUCAACCGCCUCGCCGGCAAGGCGCCGCGCGGCCACCUGCAGGACGAGGCGCAGGAGAUCACCGUGUGGUGCGCCAACGACUACCAGAACAUGUCGCGCCACCCGCGCGUCCUCGCCGCCAUGAGCGAGACGCUCAACAAGUACGGCGCCGGCGCCGGCGGCACGCGCAACAUUGCCGGCCACAACCAAUUCGUCGAGAAGGCCGAGGCCGUGCUGGCCGAGCUGCACCGCAAGGAGGCGGCGCUCGUGUUUGGCUCGUGCUACGCCGCCAACGACGGCACGCUCACGAUCCUCGGCUCGAAGCUGCCCGACUGCGUGUUCCUCUCCGACAGCUCGAACCACGCGAGCAUGAUCCAGGGCAUUCGCCACUCGGGCGCCAAGAAGGUCAUCUACAAGCACAACGACAUGGAGGACCUCGAGGCGAAGCUCAAGGCGAUUCCCAUCGACACGCCCAAGAUCAUCGCCUUCGAGUCGGUGUACUCGAUGUGCGGCACCGUCGGCCCGAUCGAGCGCACCAUCGAGCUGGCUGAAAAGUACGGCGCCCUGACCUUCCUCGACGAGGUGCACGCCGUCGGCAUGUACGGCCCGCGCGGCGCCGGUGUCGCCGAGCACCUCGAGUGGGAGAUCCAGGAGCGCGGCGGCGCGGCGGCGCAGAACGGCAAGAAGACGCUCAUGGACCGCAUCGACAUCAUCACGGGCACGCUCGGCAAGGCGUACGGCAACGUCGGCGGCUACAUUGCCGGCUCGAACCGCUUCGUCGACCUGAUCCGCAGCUUUGCGCCGCAGUUCAUCUUCAGCACGACGCUGCCGCCGUCGGUGCUCACCGGCGCCACGACGGCCGUCGAGGUGCUGAUGGAGAGCAACCACACGCGCCGCGUGCAGCAGAUCCGCACGCGCGAGACGAAGAAUGCCCUCAUCGCCGCCGGCAUUCCGCUGCAGCACAACCCGUCCCACAUUGUGCCCGUGCUCGUCGGCAGCGCCGAGAAGGCCAAGGCGGCGUCGGACAUGCUGCUCGCCGAGCACGGCUGCUACGUGCAGCCGAUCAACUUCCCCACGGUGGCGCGCGGCCUCGAGCGUCUGCGCAUCACGCCCACGCCCGGCCACAGCUCGGCCGACGUGCAGCACCUCGUGCAGGCGCUCGACGCCGUCUGGACGAAGCUCGGCAUCCGCCGCGUCGACGAGCUGCGUGCCUGCGAGCCCGGCACCGACGCGCUCGCCGACCUCUUCUGCCAGGCCGAGCGCGACACCAACUCGGCGCCCCUGUGGAGCGACGAGCUGCUCGCCAUCGACACUGUCGCCGACGCGCCCGCCACGCCUGGCCUCCACGUGCCCGGCGCCAUGCCCCUCGAGGCGCAGUCGUCGCCCAUCUCGGCCGUCGCCUAGUUGCCCCCCUCUGAUGUGUUGCCCCCCGUCUCGGCCUC